AUGGUGAUGCUGGUUCGGUACUGGGACAGAGAUGCUGGUACUGGUGUGGUGGUGCCGAUGCUGUCCCGGUUCUGUCCCGGUUCGGUGUCCACGGUCCCGUCCGGUCCCGCCCCGUGGCCGCAGUACCGCCCGUGGCCGCUACGCGGCGCGAUCGCCGCGGGGCGCCGCGCGAGGGGCGUGGCCUCCCUGCGAUGGGCGUGGUCUCGGUGCGGGGGCGUGGCCAGCGCGGCCCCGCGCGGCCCGGAAGUGACGUCAGGCGCGUGCCGGCGGCGUCGCCGUCAUGGCGGGCAGGGGAGGCUGGCGCGUCCCGGAGCGGGCUUUGAUCACAACCUCCUGCCAGAAGAGAGAUUUUCCCCUCAGGACCUCAUCAGGAAGGUGCAGGAGAGGAAGGAGGAGCUGGGGCUGAUCAUCGACCUCACCUACACCACGCGCUACUAUGGGCGUGAGGAGCUGCCUCCGGCGCUGCGCCAUGCCAAGGUCCCGACCAUGGGCCACCAGAUCCCCAACAGGAAAUCCUUCCUGAGGUUCCGCUACCUGGUCAGGAAAUUCCUGGCAGCCAACGAGGACAACGACAAACUCAUCGGGGUGCACUGCACGCACGGCUUGAACAGGACUGGCUACCUGGUCUGCAGGUACCUGAUUGAGGUGGAAGGCAUGGAGCCCAAUACUGCCAUAGAGUUGUUCAACAGAGCUCGAGGGCACCCCAUGGAGAGGAGCAACUACAUCCAGGACCUGCAGAGGAGAGCUCAGAGGUGAGCCUGGGGUGCCAGG